AUGAAUCUUGAUAAUCAGCCUAAUGGUGCAGCGCUUUUAUUAGCUGCAGCUGCUAUGACUCGUUCUCUUAAUGCUGCAGAUGUUACACAUUUAUUUUCAUCUAAUGAAGCUAAACUUAUAUUAGAAGAACAUGCUAGAAAUGUUCACUUACAGGAACAAUUAAACAUUAAAAAUCAAAAAAAUCAAAAAACAAAAAAAAAAAAUGUAUCAAAAACUUCAUAUCAAAAUAAUAAUUCAAUUGCUGCUGUUGUGGCACAUUUAGCAUCAAAUAGUGAUACAAAAAAAGAUAUUUCAUAUGAUAAUUCUACACCACUUAAUUCUAAUACAUGUUCACCCACUGUCUCGGAGCCUGAUACUAUGGGUGUGGAAAAAAAAGAUUUAGUAUCCUUUUCUCCAUCAAAUAAUCUUGCCAAUGAUGAAAAUGAUAUUUUAACAUCAAAUAACGAUACUUUGAAUGUUCAAUCAUCUAAUAAAUGGUCUAAAAGAAAAAUUAAUGAUAAAGUAAAGGUUGACGGUGUUUUUGAAGAUAAUAUAAUUGGGAAAAAAAACAAUGAAAUGGAUGUUUCAAGUAAUCGAGUUCCUCAUCAUAGAAUCAAAGAUCGUAGGAAGGUUACACUAGAAAUAAUGCGUAAAAUAUCCGCUGAGCAACAAAUGAAUACACCGGACGAUCCUGUGAUUCAUUCUCCAAAUAGUGCAGCUAGUCUUUGUCAAAAUAAUACUUCAUUUAAUAUGGCAUCAUUACCAAAUAGUUCCAUUGCUAUGACAAAUAAUGGAAGUUCUUUCAAUAAUGUAUUUCAACCACAACAAGGAUUAGCUUCACCAAAUGAAAAUAAUAGCAAUCAAAGUAAUUGUAGUAACUCAAAUUGUAGUGCUAAUGAAGGAGAUACAAGAAGAAGACAAAAAACCUGUCGGGUUUGUGGUGACCAUGCAACUGGGUACAAUUUUAAUGUUAUAACAUGCGAAUCAUGUAAAGCAUUCUUUCGUCGAAAUGCUUUAAGACCAAAAGAAUUUAAAUGUCCUUAUUCAGAUGAUUGUGAAAUAAAUUCUGUAUCAAGAAGAUUUUGUCAAAAAUGUCGUUUAAAAAAAUGUUUCCAGGUAGGAAUGAAAAAAGAAUGGAUUUUAAAUGAGGAGCAAUUAAGAAGGAGAAAAAAUUCUCGUCUUAAUCAUAUGGCGCGUAACAACAACAAUAAUAAUAAUAAUCAUAUUAAUCCAAAUAAUAUGCAGAACGGUUGCAUAAGUGGAAACGUAAAUAAUGUUAAUAAUGUACAAAAUUUAAAUAAUUCAUUAGCUAAUGGAUUCGUAGUAUCAAAUGGAAGUGUAGGAAAUCCAGGUGUUAUACCACCAAGUAUGGAACAAUUAUUAUUAAAUCCUUCAAGUGUUAAUAGUGCUGUUCUUGGACAACAAAAUUUUGUUUCCUCAAAUAUGGCAAGAGUUAUUCCAAAUCAAUCUAAUUUAGCAUUAUUAUCUGCUAACUUAGGUCAACACAUUUUGAUGCACAAUAAUAGAAGAAAUCCAGGUGAUUUAAAUUCAAGAAAUGUUGGAAUUAUUCAACAACCAAAUAGUGAUAUGAUGUCUCCUGAAACAUCAAUUACACCAAAUUUUAAUUCUCAAAUUGUUUCUGGAAACUUACUUUCUACAACUUCAAAUAUUAUAAAGCAAGAAUCAAUUAUUAAACCUGAUAUUUCACCAACAGUUAAUGAAACAAAUUUAUCUGGAAAUGAUGGAAGAUUUAAUUCUUCACCAUUUCAACAAACUCUUUCAGGAAUAUCACGUCCAAAUGUUUCUGUACAACCUCAACCACAAAUUAGUCAAAUUUCUUCUACCUCUCCAAUAGGAACAAUUGUUCAAGAUAAUGGUGAACCAAAAGUAACUUUAAGUUUGGAACAAUAUAAUCAACUAGUUAAUGCAGCAAAAAAUACAACACUAGAUACUAGCAUGAUAAUAAAACAAGAAACUCAUACAAAUUCACCAUCAGAUUUGGAAGCUGUUUCAAAUGUUGUUAUGGUUUCACCUACGGUAGCAGGCUAUCCUACAAUACCAUCAUCAUUUGAGGAUAAUUUUUCAGUUAAAACUGAAAGAGAUUAUACAUUAUCAGAGAAAGAUUUAAAAGAAUUAGAUAGUAUUAGAGAUUCAUUUCAAUGUAUGAAUGAACCAUUAGAUAAUGAUCAACAAGCCAGUACAUUAGCUAAAAAAGAACAUAAUCCAACAGAUAUUUUAAAUGUUAUGGAUAUUACAAUGAGACGACUAGUUAAAAUGGCAAAACGUCUUGGAGCAUUUAAUGAAAUAUCAGAAGCAGGAAAAUUUUCUCUUUUAAAAGGUGGAAUGAUUGAAAUGCUAACUAUUCGUGGUGUAACAGUAUUUAACGCAGAUAAAGGAGUAUGGCAAACUCCAGUUGAUGGUCAUUCACAAAUAUCAUUUAAUAUGUUUGAUAAACUUCGACCUGAUAUUAAAGACACACAAAAAAAAGGAUUUUUACAUUUCUUUAAUCUUUUACAUAGUGAUGUCAGAAAGAAUGAUCUUGCUAUUGACAUUAUUGUACUUAUGGUAUUAUUCGAUUCUAAACGGGAAGGACUUGUAAGUCAGCAAGAUAAAGAGACAGUUGAGAAACUGCAUCGAAAUUAUGAAUCGCUUUUACAUCGAUAUCUUUACAGUAUACAUAAAGAUGAAGCCGAACAACGUUUUGCUUCAAUUCCAAAAGCUUUGGUUGCAUUAAGAAAAGUAGCAGAAAAUGCAGUAACAUUAUUUUUAGGAACAGGAAACACAACAGAGGCAGCGUCAUUACCAAAAGAAUUUUUUGCUACAAAUUAUUAG